AGCAAUCUGUAUUUCACAACUCAAUAUUGUCAAAAAUUUCUACACUUUUUGUGACUUAACAUGUACAAAAUUGUAUUACCCCGGAGUUAGCCGCUGCUAACACUUAGGCCAAAUCGGAGGGUUGAAGAUGUUCUGCACGGAGAGCUGUGAGCAUGGAUGCAAUGCCACAUCCUCGGGAAAGCUGAUCUCCAGUGGAAAUGGCAAUGGCAAUGGCUUGCAGCCGCAGACGACUCCACAGCAGCAGUUCAACAUGUGCUAUGCUCCACUGUCGAUGCAGUCCAACAACGAAGUGGGUUGCAGCAAGUGCGAGGUGGAGCCACCGCGGGUGGGAAUGUGCCUGGUCACCGAAUGUCCAGAGGGUCUAAGCAUUGACUGCAAUGUUCCCCUGCCCAAUUCCUUCAAUUUGGAUGAGUAUAAGAAUCAGAUGAUCUGCUCCAGCUGUUCACAGUUCAAUGGGGGCUACUUGGAUGGUUUCUGUCCGCCACAACCAGGGGCGACUCGAUCCAUUCCAAUUCCCAGUCAUAGCCCCAAUCCUGUCCAGUCGCCUGCUUGCAGCUUUCAGUGCCAGUGCUGUCCCAUCGGAGGAGCCUGCUCGGGAUACGAUUCGCUGUCGGCUCCAAAGGCUGCAGUGAGUCCUUUGCCAAUGCCACCAGCGACACAUAGACCAGAGCCACCGGUGAUGACGGUGGCUCAUCCGAGUCCCGGAGCCACUGUAGUGCCGCCGAUCUAUUGCCUGACUGGACCCAGUUCAGAAGGUGGCUUCUAUCAGCCGGAACACACGCCCGUUUACUUUUGCAGCCUGAUUCCAGUGCCCCAGUCCUGGAACCUGGUGCCCGUGGCGGCCCAAUCGCAGCCAUUGCCGCAGCAGCAGCUGAUGACGAGUCCUGCACAGGAUUCGCAGCUGCCGACGCAGCAAUUGGUGCGAUGUGACCUGCCCUUCACCCGCCUCCUCGCCGAACUGCGAAGGGAUCGGGAGAGGUCCUGCUGCGAGCUCCAGAUCCCGUCGCCCCUGGCCUUCCAGCUCUAUGCGCCCACGGUUAAGUUUUUGGAUCAGCCAGCACCGAGUCCUGCCAAGAGCCAGGCUCCAGAUCCUGCGGUGGCAACUCCUUGUGACCUACCACCACCACCACCAGCAUCACCACCACCGGCAGCAUCUUCCUCCUCCACAGCCGGAUUGCCACGUACCCGUUCAGCCAGCCCGAAGCGCAGUCGAUCCUGUCUGCGGAACAAGGAUUUGUGGGCCAGUGGUGGCGCCACCCCAAGCCACGCCCCCUAUCCCUCGGCCGCGCAACAUGGAGCUGGCAACGUGUGCAUGAAGUGCGGCAACUGCUGGCACUGUCCGCGCUGCAAUUGCUCCAACUGCUUCUGGCAUCCUGGCUUGGGGCGAACUCCUCCGAGAGACACUCGAUAGAAACAGAAGUCAUUAAAUCGAAUCUUUAUAAUAACCUUGUUGAAGACCGCUCUCGUUAUAAAGGCU